AUGAAUGUCAAUGCAUCAAAUCAACCUCCGUCACAGUCUCGGCCGAUCAUCAAUCAACCGUUACAACAGGCAACUGCAGUAGAAAAACGCAAAAAGCGUCAUGGUAUUAAGAAAUUGCAGCGUUUCCGUCGCAGAAAACGCACUCGCGGUUUUAGUGAAGCAGCAAUAAAGCAAAUGAUUGAGUCAGGGAAAUAUGCGAAGAAAAAGAAAAAAUCGAAACAAUCAAAAAACGUCACUACCACAACGAAAGCUCCUCCUCCAACCGAAGUUCCGGUCACAUCAGAAUCGAAAUCAAAAAAACAAGAAAUUUACAACAAUCAAGAAAAAUCUGCUACUUUUACAAAGAAACGUAAAAGAGAUAUUUCUUCAUUUGAACUUCAUCGUCAUUUAGUUCCAUCGACGAGUAACGUAAAUCUUCGUCCACCAGCACCCAAAAAAAUGAAAAAAGCCAUCUUCAUUCAAUCAAUUCCGUCCCAUAGUAUCAGUGUGAAUAAGAAUUAUCCAUUACCGGCUUAUUUAACUCAUUCACCACAUUUAAUCUUUCAAGCCUUACGGCAAGAAUUGAAUCGUGCAAUAAAUAAAAAAGAUGAACGAAUAUUUCUUCAUGUGCGCUUACAAUUAUUAGAUCGACAAUAUCGUCUAGAACUUGAUCAACGUUUAUGGCAAUCGUAUUUAAAUGUUGGAUUACAAGAAAAGUUAUGGCCCCGUUCAUUAUAUGAAAUGGCCAAAACCACUCAAGCAGAUCUAUGUGAAAAUUAUAUUAUGACACAAUUAGCUAUGAUCGAUGAUCAAUUGGAGCAAUGCAAUCUGGAAUUGAAUACACAAGCGCAAUCAACAAUACCACUUCUACUACCAACACUUGAUAUUAUGGAUGCAAGUUUAAAAAAUUAUGUUUCCUUACAACAAAAUUAUUUAGUCGAACGUAUGCAACAUAAAAUAAGGAAAUUUAAGGAUGAGUUUCGUGAUGAACAACUCUAUCGAGAUUUGUUUUCUUACAAUCUCAGUUGUGUUCAACGACAAAUUCUUGAACAGAUCAUUCAUGUACGAACGGCACAAUUGCAAGUUUACGAAGAGUUUAUGAUGCUUGAACAACGCAUUUUACAUCAGUUUCUACCACCAAACUUUGAUCAAUUUGAAAAGAUUACAGCACCUGAUAUAUAUUGGCCACCGAUUGCUGAUCGGACACUUGUGGAUAUACAAACAAAACAUCGUACUAUCUUGAAACGAGGAAAACGUAGUUUACUUAAUCUUUUUUAUGCUGCCUAUGAAUAUAAAAUCAAUGAAUAUCAAGUACAAUAUAAAGAAAAUUUAAAUCAAUUAGGAUUACAAUUCUCUACUACGAUUCAAAUCAAUGGCAUGUCUUUUAUCGACUAUUUCAAAGCUUAUAUGAUACAUCGUACUCAAACAGCUAUUGGUAAUAUAUUUCAAAAAUUAUGUCACUUUCGACAAAUCAUUGCUCAACGUUAUCAACGAUCAUCAGCUGCCAAGACAAUGGUUGGAGUGUUACCUGAAGUGAUUGUUGAUGUUCUUCAUUGUCCUUAUAAAUCUGAAGAAUUAUCUCACUUAUCCUUAGGACCAAAUUAUGCUCGACCUAAUCCAAGUGCUCUUCGUCAGCUGAAACAUCGCGAAACUCAAAUACAACAUCAUCUGAAAGAUAUCACUGAGAAAGUUAAAAAACAAUUAAAGAACUACUGCAAGAGAGAACCACCAGUCCCAAGAAUGACACAUUAUUCUGAAUUAGUGGAAAAUUUACUUCGACAACAUUAUAUGGCUCCAUUAUCCUAUGUUGAUCGCAUGCGCGCUGCACGGGAAUUCAAAUUAGUUAAAUCUAUUCGACGGAAGGCACAACAUGGGAAACUUAUUAUACGUGUCUGCGAUAAAGGUGGUGGUUUUCAUAUUGGUAGUAAAAUUGAUUAUGAAAGAAAAGCAGCUAAAUAUCGUGAAGAUACAAAAGCCUAUCAAGAAUUAUCAUACAAUCCAUUAAAGGAAAUAUUCACUAAUGUCACCAAUGCACUCAAUCUUCUCAAAAAUAACAAGCAAUUACCACUCAAAGAAUAUAAUCGUUUAUUACCAAUAGCGGAUAAAGUGAAAUUAUCUUACAUGUAUUUUAAUCCAAAACCUCACAAGGAAGGAACACCACUGAGACCGAUACUAAAUACCAUUAAAUCAGUAACAAGAUCUAUAUCUGAUUUUUUAAAUGAACUGAUUCAACCAAUUUAUGAUCAAUACAAUAAGGAGAAUACAAUUAUUGAUGGUGUGAAUCUUAUCAAACGACUUGAACAAUAUGCUGGUGACGGCUAUCUUAAACCGUCUACUCUUUUUUGUACUUUUGAUAUCAAUAAUUUAUAUACUAUGCUACCACAAGAUGAAUCCAUUCGAAUACUUGGUGAUUUUCUUCGAGAAAAUGUUGGUGAACGAGUUAAAAAUAUAUCUGUUACAACUAUUCAAAAAUUGGCCGAAAUUGUUUUAAAAGAAAAUGCAUUUGUGUAUGAUCAUAAAUUCUAUCAACAGAUUAUUGGUGGAGCGAUGGGUUCGCCAUUUACAUUAACAUUAGCCAACAUUUUUAUGUGGGAUUGGGAAAAACGUUGGGUUCGACGACAACAUAGUAAAAAAGAAAUCUAUGGCCGUUAUAUUGAUGAUGUCUUCUUUACAUCGAAUGAAUCCAUUGAAAUAGUUCAACAAUUAUUACAGGAUGCCAAUGGAUGGCAUCCAAAUAUAAAACUGGAAUCCAAUGUUGGACAUAGUGUUUCAUUUUUGGAUGUACUCUUGGCUAAUAAUAAUGGAACUCUUCAUACAUCUGUUUACCAUAAACCAUCCGCUGAACCAUAUGUUGUUCCAUUUCUUUCCGAUCAUCCACGAUAUACAUUUCCAAAUAUUAUACAAACAGCUCUUGUUCGAGCGAUCCGAUAUUCAUCAACCUUUGAUGUCUUUAAUACUGAACGGCGUGCUGUUCGAUUGAUGUUAUUAUUUAAUGGUUAUCCGAUCGAAUAUAUUGAUAGACAAUUUCGAAAAAUCUUCGGUAAUUACAUAUCAUCAAAUUCAAUUCUACCAACAGUUGACAACGAAGAAAACUUUUUUCAAUUACGCCAAGAAUAUAUGAAUCAACCAACUGCCCGAUCUUCUCAAGUCGAAGCACGUAUCGCACAUUUCAAGGAAAACAAUGAAGAAUCUCAUCUCGAACAACCUGUUCAAACAAGAACAACUGACACAAAAAAAUCGAAAAACAAUAUUUUUCACGACGUAGUGAUUAUACACUAUACACAUGAAAAGCGAUUUUCAACUAUGAAAAAAGAUAUGCAUAAGAUUUUUCGUGAAGCUUUUGAAGGUUAUGGUUUAGAAGCUGUUAGACUCAUUGUUGGUUAUCGAAAUCAUCCGAAUUCUGAACGUGAAUUAACACGUAAACGACCACCUCUCAAAUAUCUUACAUUAAAACAACAGGAAAAAUCGACAUCAGAAACUGAACCAAAUCCAUUACAUGACGCCGAAUAA